AUGAACCCACCUCGGGGCUACGGCCAAGCUGCUUUCAACACGUUGCGAUUCCUCAAAAAGCUCGCUGCUGGUGGUCAAGCUGUUCUCUGCACCAUCCAUCAGCCAUCCGCGCAGCACUUUGCUCGGUUCGACACUCUCUUACUGCUGGCCAAAGGCGGAAAGACAGUCUAUGUUGGAGAGAUUGGUGACAAUGCCAUUAACAUCAAGGAUUAUUUUGGUCGCAACGGUGCGCCUUGUUCUCCCGAUGCAAAUCCUGCCGAACAUAUGAUUGAUGUUGUAUCUGGAUCUCUGUCAAAGGGCAGAGACUGGAACGACGUCUGGCUUAAGCCUCCUGAGUACACUGCGAUGAUCCAAGAGCUUGAUCACAUUGUGGAAUAUGCCGCUUCGAAACCUCCGGGAACUGUUGUUGAUGGCCACAAGUUUGCCAUUCCCCUAUGGGAACAGAUCAAGCUAGUUACGCAUCGCAUGAACGUUUCUUUGUAUCGUAACAACGACUACACGACCAACAAAGUCGCACUUCAUGUUUGCGUGGCACUCUCCAGCGGUUUUACUUUUUGGAUGAUUGGGAAGUCCGUCGCCGACUUGCCGCUUACCCUAGAUCUGUAUGAAGCGCGGGAGAAGAAGAGCAAGAUGUACCACUGGGCACCUUUCGUUACUGGCCUCAUCGUCUCGGAACUGCCUUAUCUUGGUGUCUGUGCAGUCUUGUACUAUGUCUGCUAUUACUACACUGCAGGUCUGCCGUCAGCUUCGAACAAAGCCGGCGCGGUCUUCUUUGUUAUGUUGAUGUACGAAUUCCUGUACACAGGUAUCGGCCAAUUCGUCGCGGCCUAUGCACCCAAUGCCGUGUUUGCCUCGUAG